AGUUGAGCAUUGGACGUCCUCGAUAGCGGUUGCCAGCGUCUUCUGAGCGGCGAACAUAUGAAGUCGCUCAGGCACCAUCAGUAGAAACUAUAUAUCCGUAAUGAAUUGAGGAGCGACACGAGAAGAAGGAACCUCGAAGCCACGCAGAAAACCAAAUAGUCUUAGGAACUGGUCCGUAUACCAGCGAAAUACACCCACCUGUAGCUGAAGAGCCACCCAAAAACCGAACCCACCAUGAAGCGCAGCCGGUGGAGCCACAGUGACUCCUCCACGGCGCGUCCGCUGCUCAUCGGAGUCCUGCUCGCCAGCUGUUCCACCCUGAUCCUGGCCGCCCAGCGCCAGCCCAUCAACUCCGUCGGAGGCCACGAGCUGCGCGGCGUGGAGUACUUGCCGGCCCUGGAGUGCUACGAUCCAUACGGCAGACCGCAGAAAUGUCUGCCGGAGUUCAUCAACGCUGCCUUUCAACUGCCCAUCGAGUCAACGAAUACCUGUGGUGAGCCAAAAGACACCCACUUUUGCGUACAAACAAUGAACCAAAACCAUAAAAGCUGUGAGUUUUGCAGACUCAACGAUCACAAUACCACCUUCCUGACGGACAAGCACAAAGCGGAAAACUCCACCUGGUGGCAGUCGGAGACCAUGUACGAGGGCAUCCAGCACCCCAGCUACGUGAACCUUACCUUGAACUUGGGCAAGUCCUACGACAUCACGUAUGUGAGCAUUCUGUUCCGCUCGCCUCGCCCCGAGUCCUUCACCAUUUACAAGAGGACCUCGCAGAGUGGUCCCUGGAUUCCGUACCAGUACUACAGUGCCACCUGUCGGGACACGUACUCCCUGCCCGACUCGCGGGCCAUUCGCAAGGGGGAGGGCGAGGCGCACGCCUUCUGCACCAGCGAGUACAGUGAUAUCUCUCCCCUGAGGGACGGAGGCAUUGUCUUCUCCACGCUGGAGGGUCGUCCCAGUGGCAUCAACUUCGAGCGCAGUGCCGAGCUGCAGGAAUGGGUCACGGCCACCGAUAUCCGCAUCACCUUGGACCGCCUGAACACCUUCGGUGACGAGGUCUUCGGGGAUCCCCAAGUGCUGCAGUCCUACUUCUAUGCCAUCAGUGACAUUUCGGUGGGUGCCCGCUGCAAGUGCAAUGGUCAUGCCAGCAAGUGCGUCCACGGCACGGGAAUGCACGGGGAGCGGACCGUGGUCUGCGAGUGCCGCCACAACACCGACGGACCCGACUGCGACCGCUGCCUGCCGCUCUACAACGACCUCAAGUGGAAGAGGUCCACCUCAACGAAGGUCAACGAGUGCAAAGCCUGCAACUGCAAUGGUCUGGCGGACAAGUGCUUCUUCGACGCCCAGCUCUUCAACCUGACGGGCCACGGAGGUCACUGUCUGGACUGCCGGGAGAACCGCGAUGGCCCCAACUGCGAGCGCUGCAAGGAGAACUUCUACAUGCGCGAGGACGGCUACUGCAUCGACUGUGCCUGCGAUCCGGUGGGCUCCAGGUCGCUGCAGUGCAACAGCCACGGCAAGUGCCAGUGCAAGCCGGGAGUGACGGGCGACAAGUGCGACCGCUGCGAGAACAACUACUACCAGUUCGGACCCCACGGGUGCCAGCAGUGCGGCUGCGACAGUCGCGGAUCCCACGAGAACACCCCCGCCUGCGAUGCCGAGACCGGAAUCUGCUUCUGCAAGGGCAACGUGGAGGGCAGGCGCUGCAAUGAAUGCAAACCCGGCUUCUUCAACCUGGACAAGAGCAACCGAUUUGGCUGCACCCCCUGCUUCUGCUAUGGCCACACCUCGGAGUGCACCACGGCCCCAGGCUACUCCAUCGUCUCGGUGACCUCCAACUUCAACAAGUUCAAGGAGCGCUGGACGGCCGCCGAUUUGAACCAACGCGAGGUGGACAUCAAGUACAACCAGUACAGCCGGAGCAUUGGAGUCACCGCCCAGGGCAAUGAGCACGUGUACUUCCAGGCACCCGAUCGCUUCCUCGGCGAUCAGCGAGCCUCCUACAACAGGGAUCUGAAGUUCAAGCUGCAGCUAGUUGGUCAGGUGGUCAAUACCGGAGUCAGCGAUGUGAUCCUGGAGGGAGCUGGCAGUCGCAUCUCACUGCCCAUUUUCGCCCAAGGCAACGGAAUACCCGAUCAGGGUGUGAAGGAGUACACCUUCCGGCUGCACGAGCAUCACGAUUACCAGUGGCAGCCCAGCCAGUCGGCCCGUGGAUUCCUCUCGAUUCUGUCCAACCUGACGGCCAUCAAGAUCAGGGCCACUUACUCCGUGCAGGGCGAGGCCAUCCUGGACGAUGUCGAGCUGCAGACGGCGCAUCGCGGGGCAGCUGGUCACCCGGCCACCUGGAUCGAGCAGUGUACCUGCCCGGAGGGUUACCUGGGUCAGUUCUGCGAGUCCUGCGCCCCCGGCUACCGGCACAGUCCCGCCCGCGGAGGUCCCUUCAUGCCCUGCAUCCCCUGCGAUUGCCAUGGCCAUGCGGACAUCUGUGACUCGGAGACGGGCAGGUGCAUCUGCCAGCACAAUACCCACGGGGAUAACUGCGAUCAGUGUGCCAAGGGCUUCUAUGGAAAUGCGCUGGGCGGAACUCCCAACGACUGUAAGCGGUGUCCCUGCCCCAACGACGGAGCCUGCCUGCAGAUCAACGAGGAUACGGUGAUAUGUACCGAGUGUCCCAAGGGCUACUUCGGCUCCCGUUGCGAGCAGUGUAGCGAUGGCUUCUAUGGCGAUCCCACCGGUCUCCUGGGCGAAGUGCAGACCUGCAAGAGCUGCGACUGCAAUGGCAAUGUGGAUCCCAAUGCCGUGGGCAACUGCAACCGGACGACGGGUGAGUGCCUGAAGUGCAUCCACAAUACGGCCGGAGAGCACUGCGAUCAGUGUUUGUCGGGACACUUUGGAGAUCCUCUGGCCCUGCCACAUGGACGUUGUGAUCGCUGUUCCUGCUACGAAGCUGGAACGGAGCAGGAUGAGCAGAGCAUCACGCGCUGCGACCAGGUCACGGGUCAGUGUCACUGCAAGCCCAAUGUGAUUGGCCGGGAUUGUGGCGAGUGUCAGCCGGGUUACUUCAACAUCCGCUCGGGCAAUGGUUGCGAGAACUGCCUGUGCGAUCCGGUGGGCAGCUACAACUCCACCUGCGAUCGGUACACAGGUCAGUGCCACUGCCGACCAGGCGUCACUGGUCAGCGGUGUGAUCAGUGCGAGAACUACUUCUACGGAUUCUCCAGCGAGGGCUGCAAGCCAUGUGAGUGCGACGAGAGUGGCUCCAAGGGAUUCCAGUGCGACCAGAGUGGCCAGUGUCCCUGCAAUGACAAUGUCGAGGGACGUCGCUGCGAUCGCUGCAAGGAGAACAAGUACGACAGGCAUCGGGGCUGCAUCGAUUGCCCCGAUUGCUAUAACCUUGUCCAAGAUGCCGCCGAUCUGCAUCGCGCCAAGCUGUUCAAUCUCAGCCAAACGCUGGACGAGAUUGCCCGCACGCCGGUGACCAAUGACGAUGAGUUCGAGGCCAAGCUGAAGGCGGUGCAGGAGAAGGUGGCCGUUUUGGACCAGGAUGCUCGCGAGAAUUCCGGUGAGGGUGGUCAGACCUACGCCGAGGUCAUCGAUGAUCUGCACAAGCAUUUGGACACCGUGAGGGAGCACCUGCAGAGUGCGGAUAAGUUCCAGACGGAUGCGAAUGCCGAGAUUGAUAAGGCCCGGCAGAACUACACCAUUCUGGACCAGAUCACCGAGAAUGCCAAGAAGGAACUCCAGCAGGCUCUCGAUCUACUGACCGACGAGGGUGCCCAGGCUUUGGCUAAAGCUAAGGAGAAAUCCGUGCAGUUUGGCCAGCAGUCUGAGCAGAUCUCGGACAUCUCCCGCGAGGCGCGUGCCCUGUCCAUCAAACUGGAUUCGGAGGCGCAGUUCGAUCUCAAGAACGCCAAGGAUGCCAAGGAUGCCGUGGAGAAGGCCCAUCAGCUGGCCAAGAGCGCCAUCGAGCUGCAGGAGAAGAUCGGCACGGAACUGCAGACUGAAGUGGGUCUGGAACUGAGCCAUGUCAAGCAGUCGCUGGGCACCGUCAUCCAGACCUCCAAGGAGGCUCUGCGCAAGGCCAACGAGGUGUACGAGACCGCCAUGACCCUCUUGAACGAUGUCAACCGUCAGACCCAACCGGUGAUCGAUAUCAGCCAGCUGAAGAAGGAUGCAGUGGCGGCCAAUGAGCGAGCGGAUGAGCUGCUCCAGCAGAUCAACGAGUUGUCCAACAGCAACGGCGAACUCUUUGCGGAUUUCGAAACGGAGCAGGAGCUGACAGAAACGCUGCUGAAGAGAGCCGAGCAGCAGCAGCGGGAGGACACCGAGCUGCUGGAGCGUGCCAAGGCUGCCUACGACAAGGCCACCAAGGCGGUGGAGCAGGGUGACAACACCCUCAAGGAGGCCAAUAACACCUACGAGAAGCUGGCCGGCUUCAAGUCGGAUGUCCAGCGAUCUUCUGAGAGUGCGGAUCAGGCCCUGCAGACUGUGCCCAACAUUGAGAAGGAUAUCCAGAAUGCCAAGAGCCUGAUCAGCCAGGCGGAGGAGGCCCUGGACGGAGCCAACAAGAAUGCCAACGAGGCCAAGAAGAACGCCCAGGAGGCGCAGUUGAAGUACGCCGAACAGGCUUCCAAGGAUGCCGAGCUGAUCCGCCGCAAGGCCAACGAGACCAAGGUGGCCGCCCGCAAUCUGCGCGAUGAGGCCGACCAACUCAAUCACCGGGUGAAGCUCACCGAGAUGGAGAUCUUCAAGCUGGAGGAGAGCUCAACCAAAGACGACAACCUGGUGGACGACGCCAAGCGAAAGGUGGGCCAGGCCAAGGCCGAUACCCAGGAUGCCCAGAAGCAGAUCGAAAAGGCCAAUGCCGAGCUGACGGCCAUUAAGGAUGAGCUGGAGAACCUGAAGGACAUCAACACGGGCGAUUUGGAUAAAUUGGAGAAUCGUUUGGCCACUGUGGAGGGUGAGAUCAAUCGCGUCAAUCUGACGGGACGCAUUGAAAAGUACCGGGAGCAGCGCACAAUACAGAAGAAUCUGAUCGACAAGUACGACGCCGAGUUGCGGGAGCUCAAGGAUGAGGUCCAGAACAUUGGUCUCAUUUCCAAGGCCCUGCCGAACGGCUGCUUCAGUCGCAACCGCCUGGAACCGUAGAGGACCACAUGCCCCCACUCCCAAUAACAACUACUUCAAUUAAAACUAAGUGAGAGAAACGAGGAAAAGAUCCGAUCAGAACGAGACGAACAAAUCAGAUUUAUGAUAGAACGUAGUCGUUGAAUGAAAUUAUGUAAUUUUAGUGCCUUAGCCGAAAUAUUCUGUUUAGUGACCAGACAAGGAUCCAGCAAGCAGCAGGAGACCAACUGAGCAACGUUAAGCUUUAACGCAUCAUCGUUCGCAUACUGUAUGCCAUAUACCAUAAUGAUACCAGAGGAUGCCCCCCGAUUGACCAGAGAAUCAACUGCCAACUGUGCUUCACCAGUUUCAAGCCAGCAACGAACUGUAUUAUAUGUUAAAGAGUGACCAAUCGAAAUCGAAAGAAACACAAGACCUUGUACUCCAAUCCGAUAAUCCAAUCGCAUAUCUCUAUCUCUGCCGCAGCUCCACCUGAAUUCUAUACUAAACACUUAUAUAUUAACAUAUUUGUCAUCUACGUUUAAUGUGCCAAUACAAUUACCAUGUAUCUUUGUGUAUAAGUCGCUUAAAGAGUUUCCCCUCGAAAUAUAACUUUUCCAACGUUGUAAUUUUGUACAGCCGA